CAACAAGCUGUAUGACUAAUGGACAUCCACUAAUUAAUUACAUUAGAGCAGUUGCUGCAAUUGCGUUUCGCUGUCGUGCCGUGCGCUGCUAAAGCAGCAAUAAUUCGCAUUGUUAUCAAGCAGUCGCUUUGCAACACUGGCUCUGUGUUUUUGCGCUGUUUUUGUUGCCAUUGCCCGUUUGCUGUUUGUAUUUUGAGUGCGAAACGAAGACGGACUCGAUGGCCAAAAAGGAGCAGGCGGAGAGCAUGGUGGCCGUGGUGGCGGCGGUGACACCUGCAGUUCCCCUGGGCUAUCGACAGUUGGGAACACAGGUGGCUGGACACACAUUCGAAGCGAGCAACGCGGCCGCCGUUGGACUGCUACAGGAUGUGGGGGGCAGCGCGGAAGGCAGAAGCGAGGGACGCGUUUUCAAACCGCUGGGCAAACCGGAAUGCGGCCUCCGAGAGAUACAGUUCUAUGAGUCACUCGCAGCAGCGACAUCAACAAUUGCUGCUGCAGCAGGGGAUGUGGGGAAAGCAGAAAACGCUGCUGACAAUGACCUCGCGCUGCUGGCAGCGUUGGCAGAGCACGUGCCGCGUUAUUAUGGCCAGCGGAAGCUGGUGGUGAAUCAACGCGAACACACAUUUCUGCAGCUUGAGGAUCUGACCCAUGGCAUGGCUAAGCCAUGCGUGAUGGAUGUGAAGAUUGGCAAACGCACCUGGGAUCCACUGUCGUCGCCACACAAGCGCGCCAUUGAGCAGCAAAAGUAUGUGAUGUGCAAACAGAACCUAGGCCUGUGUCUGCCCGGUUUUCAAGUGUAUCAGCAGGAGCAGCCUUGUGGCAAGCCGAUUCUCAUUCGCCAUGGACGAGAUUACGGCAAGAGUCUCAAUGUCGAGGGAUUUCACCAGGCCUUGGCGCUCUUCUUCAACGUCCAGCCAGCACAUGCGAAUGUUCCCCAGCUGCUCCGCGAGGUGUUGCGACAGCUGCGCGGCAUCCACAGCUGGUUCAAGCGACAGCGUCUGCUGCACUUCUACGCCAGCUCACUGCUCAUCUGCUACGACUUCGACAGGCUGAGCAACCCAAGUUCCCAGCAGAAUGGCUACCAUCACGAGCCACCAGUAACUCCAGCCAUCAAGCUACCAGAUCAAUGGAUUCGCGUGCGUUGCAUAGACUUUGCACACAUCUUUCCCGCCGCCGACGCACAGCCCGAUGAGAAUUAUAUGUUCGGGCUGCAGAGCCUCAUCGACAUAGUAGAGUCGAUGCUGCAACGAUAGCAGCUGCAGCUGGAGCUGCUCCAAGGACCAAGACCCCACUUCAUUACCGUACACUUGUAUUAACUUUAAGCCAAAAGAUUAGUCCACAGCAGAGCUGUCAUUAAAAGCAGAAACUAAACAAUUACGCAAGUUCCAAAAUGCAAGAGUUACUCAGUAACUUCGACUUUGAUUCCGAAUCCGACUCCGAUUGAAGCCAGAUCGGAUGUGGAUCAAGUACUUCAGUCAUUGUAAUCAAGUAUUUCCCGUAGCAAUUACCUGGUAAUAAAAUAAAGAGAUGCAUUGCUCACUGAUUGUGGCCAAAAUUCAAGUUUCAAUUACCAAAACUCCCAACUGAAAUGGUAAACCAGAAGAAUGUAUUUAUAAUAAGUAAGCAAGUCGAAAGUAUGAUCGACUGUCAAAUACCUAUACUAAACAUUUGUAGAGGAAAUAAAGCAUGUAAAAACUCUUCUAUGUAGUUCUAGUGACUUAUUUAAAUUUACAUUUUGUAUUUUUGUGAUGAACAGAACAACUGCACCAGGCAUUAAUUAGCCAGCCGUAAAAGUGGAAAAUACGAAAUAUGGCCCAUGUUUUAAAUAAUUUGUUAUAUUAUUACAUCUCAUUUAGAUGUCUGGGCAUGAAUUCACUUAAGGUCUAAUUAAAUGUGAAAGAAUGGACAAGGUCAGGUCAAGAAUUCAUUUACUUUGUACUUUGAAUUGACGUAGACUUGUACUAAUUGUUCGUGUCUUCGAUAAGCGCUGGUUAAAGUACUUGCUAUGGUUU